UUUUGUUUUUUUCUUUUCUUAGAAUAUUCUGAAUCAUUAGUCAAACCUCAACAACGCUGUCACCAUUCUUUCUUUCUGAUCCAAACAAAUUUUCACACUUUUGGCUGUUUAAACAAGGGAUUUAAACAAUAAACCUAUAACACCAUUCAUCUGCCAUUAUAAUCCACAACAUUUGAGUGAGCAUAGAAAGUGGGGCCAGAGAUGUCUGGAAGCGAAUCAGGAGAAUUAGGACAGGCUGAUGUGGACCUAUCAGUCAGGCAAAUUUGUGCAAAUGGGAUUUCCAUGCAAACAAAUGUUGUUGAAGCAAAGCUUGAUGAGGGAAACAUUCAAGAGGCUGAAUCUGCAUUGCGUGAAGGUUUGUCCCUCAAUUUUGAGGAAGCGCGAGCUCUUCUUGGAAGAUUGGAAUAUCAAAGAGGAAAUGUGGAAGGUGCUCUUAGGGUGUUUGAUGGUAUUGAUCUCCAAGCAGCCAUACAUAGGAUGCAGCCUUCUGUUACUGAGAAACAACCUUCUAAAAAGGGCCGCACUCGAAGCAUUGAGUCUGUGCCAGGCAUCUCACAGCAUGCUGCUGGUCUGGUCCUUGAGGCCAUAUAUUUGAAAGCCAAGUCCCUGCAAAAGCUUGGGAGACUGACUGAGGCUGCUCGUGAGUGUCUAAGUGUGCUUGAUGCUGUAGAGAAGAUAUUUGAUAAUGGGAUACCUGAUGUAUUGGUGGAGAAUAAGCUGCAAGAGACUGUGAGCCAUGCUGUUGAGCUCCUUCCAGAGCUAUGGAAGCAAGCUGGUUGUUAUUCAGAAGCAAUGUCUGCCUAUCGCCGUGCCCUCUUAAGCCAAUGGAAUCUUGAUAAUGACUGCUGUGCAAGGAUUCAAAAAGCUUUUGCUGUGUUUCUGCUUUAUAGUGGGGUUGAGGUUUGCCCACCAAGCUUAGCUGUGCAAAUUGACGGUUCUUAUGUACCUAGGAACAAUUUGGAAGAAGCAAUACUUCUGUUAAUGAUUCUAAUGAGAAAAGUUUACCUUGGUAAGAUCAAAUGGGACCCUUCAGUUUUAGAGCACCUUACAUUUGCUCUGUCUGUAUGCAGUCAGACCUCUGUGUUAGCUAAGCAACUUGAAGAGGUAAUGCCAGGGGUACUCAACCGGAUUGACCGUUGGCGAUCUUUAGCACUUUGUUAUAGUGCGGCUGGACAGAACAAAACUGCCUUGAGUCUGCUGCGCAAGUCUCUUCAUAAGCAUGAAGAGCCAGAUGACGUUCUCUCGUUGUUGUUGGCUGCUAAAAUUUGCUCUGAGGAUGUCUUUCUUGCUGCUGAGGGAGUGAAGUAUGCACAGAGGGCAAUAACUAAUUCACAGGGUGGUUCAAAUGAACACUUGAAAGGUGUUGGUCUCCGCAUGUUAGGUCUUUGUUUGGGGAAGCAGGCCAAAGUUGCAACCUCUGACUUUGAGAGAACUCGUCUUCAAUCUGAGGCCUUAAAAUCUUUAGAUGGUGCAAUGGCUUUAGAGCAUGAAAAUUCAGAUUUGAUGUUUGAGUUAGGGGUUCAAUAUGCACAGCACCGUAAUCUGGAGACAGCUUUGCAAUAUGCGAGAAAGUAUGUCGAUGCAACGGCAGGAUCUACUCUAAGAGGUUGGAGACUGCUUGCUUUAGUUCUUUCUGCUCAACAACGCUAUUCAGAGGCUGAAGUAGUUACUGAUGCGGCUUUCGAUGAGACUGCAAAGUGGGAUCAAGGACCUCUGCUAAGGAUGAAAGCUAAGCUAAAAAAAUCCCAGUCACGGUACAGCGAUGCUGUUGAACCUUAUUGUCAUCUCCUUUCAUUGGUUCAAGCCCAAAGAAAAUCUUAUGGACCAUUCAGAAAUGCACCUCAGGUGGAAGAAGAUAAAGUAAAGGAAUAUGAAGUUUGGCAUGGACUGGCAAACUUGUACUCUACCCUUUCACAGUUUAAGGAUGCAGAGACAUGUUUGGAGAAAGCAAGAGAUCUAAUCGAAUAUUCAGCAGACACUUUGCAUGCAGAAGGAAUGAUGUUUGAAAGACAAGGAAAAAAUGACAAAGCCUUGGCUGCUUAUGUUAAUGCUCUAUUAGUAGAUCCGAAUCAUGUGCAGUGUAAGAUCUUGCUUGGUGCUUUAAUGGCUAAAAUGGGCUCGAAUAUGUUGUCAUUGGCAAGAGCAUUACUCUCAGAUGCAUUGAAGAUCGAACCUACCAAUCGUGUAGCUUGGUACCACUUGGGAUUGGUUCAUAGAGACGAUGGUCGGGUAGCUGAUGCUGCUGAUUGUUUCCAGGCAGCUUCCAUGCUUGAAGAGUCUGAUCCCAUCGAAAGCUUUAGUUCCGUCAUUUGAAGUUUUCCAACCAUCUACAAGUCAAAUGCUUAUUCUUUUAUUCUUUAUUUAUACAGGUUUUUUGGGCACAAUGUCCAAAAUUAUCCUUAGAUGACAUAUUUGGUAGGUUUUUUGGGGAUAUUUUCUACUUCAAUGUAAUUGUAGAUUAAUUGUACUAUAUAAUUUCAUGUUCACUUUCAUAGGAAAUAGAACAAUUGGUCCACUUGGAAUGUGAAUUCUUGUGCAUCAACAAAGAUCUAACAAUUUAGACA